GCCUGUAGACUUCUCUUUACCAUAAACAUGCUUAAAUAAUAAGCUAAACUAAGACAAAAAUCUAUGAUAUGAUGAUGCCCACCCAAAUAAGUACCUACUUACAGUCUGUAAUGAAGCUGUACACUUUUCCUUUUUUGAUUCUGAAAUAAAAAAAUAAAAAAAUAAAAAAAAAUAGCCCUUAGUUCAAAUUUCCAUAUGACUUCAAGACCACUUUAAAUACUCCUUUAAACUAUCUCAAUAGGCCAACACCUACUAAGCACUUCACAUCACUACUACUACUACUGCCACUCUAGCUAGCCCCCUCGACCAGCUUUGCAGCGUUCUCUUUUUUGUUUACUACUACUGUACUGCAUAUUAUCAACAUAAGCUUAAAAUAAUGAAGCUCCUGCUUUCUACUUUCCUUCUAAUUGUUCUGAUUGUUAGCUCCUCUUUCCUUCAGUCCACCAUGGCUGCACCUCCACCUACUGGACCGCUCACAGCUCCAAGUCCAACAGCUAGCUAUUGCGAGUUGAAGUGUGGGGCGAGGUGUGCAAAUGCAGGAUACAAGGACAGGUGCAUGAAGUAUUGUGGGAUAUGCUGUGCAGAAUGCAAGUGCGUGCCUUCAGGGACUUAUGGAAACAAGUCAGAAUGUCCUUGCUACAGAGACAAGAAAAAUUCUAAGGGCAAUCCCAAGUGCCCUUGAUUAAUUAUCUCUAGCUAUCAUAAAAUGCAUCUCGAACCUACUUUCAUAUUCUUGCUCACUCGGUCCAAUAAAAUAAUUUUCUUCCUUAGUAAUGUGUGGAUUCCUGAGAGGAUUCCUUUUUAGAUUUUUAAUUUUUAAUUUUUAAUCAAUUCCUUGUAGUUUAUAAAAUAAGAUUUUUAACUUGUUUGA